AUGGCCUCGGUCAUUUCCUUGGGCCUCCAUCAGCCUACAGGACUCCAAUAUGCGAUCCAAGAGCACCUGCUACCAUCAGACCCCCCUACUACCUCGUACGACUGGCAUAAUCAUCACGAUGUGAACGGUGACUCUGUUUUCGACGAGGACGAAUUACUGGUUACCCCGCGAAGUGUAAUAUGGUCGAGAGGAGGGGUGUUUCGGAAAUGCUACAAAUUCGACCUCGAAAGGGAGGAGGUCAGCCAGGCAUUGUUGACUUCUUUUCCAAGCGUUGGACCACUCGAAUCGAAAUCUACAAAGGAUGGAAGUAAGAAGGGAAUUUCGAAAAGGUCUGCGGCAAUUGUGGUCUUCUUGAAGACGCAGGCGCAUGUCUACUUUCUCUCGGGAACCAGCCAUGUCAUACAUCUGCCUUUCGAAGUCGAGCUUGCAAUUGCUGCGCCCAAUGGGAUUAUCAUACAAAGAAAAUUGAGGGUGGACAACCUGAUCGCUGCUUCUCUCAAGUUUCCCAAGGUCCCGCCGAAUUCAUUCGUCGCAUCUUCACAACCGCAACCAUGGUCUGCCUCAAGCUCGCAGCUUUCCACCUUCUCCAUCGCCGACUUUGCAGCUCCCAAGAAGAUGUCAUUACAGUUCAACUCUACAUUGAAGGAUUUAUGGGAUCCGCCAGCUCUGAAGGAUGAUGCAAAAUGGCCACGGCUAUUCUCGCUUUCAGAUCCUCUCUCGGAAUUGGGUCUGGUAGCGGCACAACCCUCGAAAUCAGAAUUGAAAGGGCAGAGACGGGGUUCGAUUAAACUCGCCACCUUAGAUAUCUCAGAGGAGAUACUUCAUAUAAGCCCACGCGGGGCUUUUGAUCAGGGUAGCAGCGACCAACCUUUGGUAUUAGCUUUGACAUUGAAUCGAGAAACAAGCGUUUACACAGUCUGGAAAAUGACUUAUAUUAGCGAGGAUACUUUGAGUCAAAAACGCCGUGUUUCGAGUGAUCCUUCGAGGCGUCGAAGCUCAUUUAUGCCAGGUACUGCUACUGGUGCUACCACUCCGGUCAUGAACAACCAGGCAACUUUCAGGGAGAGCUUUGGCGGGGCCCCAGGCGCCAAAGGAGGAGCAAAGCAAGCGGAUGGGGCCAAAGAGAAGACGGUAGACUUUGUGUCAGCCCUUGAUACGGAGUGGAAUGGAAGCACCGUCACAAGAAGAAAGUCUCGCCGGGUCAGCUCAAUGUUAGCACGCGCAGAUUUAUCUGCUAACCAUGAGCGAUCGGCCUUCACUGAGCUGGCAACUGGUCAGCAACAUACUUCCAACCGUCGUGGGGAGUCUCUAGGAAGUCAGCAUGGUAGAACUAGUCUUGGGGUUUAUCCUGGAGUGUCUGGACCAAGUUUGAAUCAGCCCCCCCAGUUCGGCCAGAGUCUGAAUAGUCUUCUAGAAGCUCCAAUUGAUGAUUUACUAGACGAACUGAGAGCAGGCGGCGAUUUUGAGGGCUUUCACAAUAUGGGCUUGGAUGAUGAUGAAUUCGAUUCUCUUCGUCAAGAGGUGGUUCUUACCAAAGUCUGCUCUGUUAAUGCUGAGCAUAGUAAUGUUCGAUAUUCAAGUCAGCAUAUACCUGCUAAAAGCCAAUGCAAGGUCUUUAUGCUUACUGCGCCCAUGUCUGCUGCAGAUGAGAGGCACGGAAAUUCUAUUGUCAUAUGCAUUCUUGAUUCGGAUGAACAGAAACUCGUGGUCCUAACCUUACACCGAAAGAUUCACACGAGUGUCAACCACGAGAAUUCGAUUCGCGGUAAGAAACGAGAGAAGGAUGUGAAUGUUCUGAAUCUUGCCCCUGUUGUAAGAGCAAGCGAUGUUCUGGACGCAUGUCGACUUGAUGAUGGUCAGAUUUCUCGGAUCUUGGUUUUAACCAAGACUCCUGACGGAUAUGGAGAACUUAGUCUACAGGCGCCGUGGAGUUCUCUCAUGAAGAUCCCACUUCCUGGUAAGUUUACUAUCAGUAACAUUCGCGACUUGGGUCACGAUGCUACACCGCGUGCUCGACGUGAAGGCGGUUUCAAGCGAGUUCUCAGCCAGGGGCCACGAGCUCUUCGCGGUCUUCGAAAUUCGAAACCGCAUGGCCAUGUUGAUCUUGUUGACGACGAGGGCAAGCUUCAUCAACUUCAGAUCCGAUUGGAAGCUCAAAAUCCCCAUGUACGCAAAAUCUUGAAUCUUUGCAGGGCGGUGCUUCCCGGCCAAGGUGGAGGGGAGAGUGUGGUGGUCGCCUGGUGGAAAGUGAUGCAAUGGCUCCGAUUAGAGUCUAUAGAAACUGUGGAUGCCGAAUGGACUGCACUCGUCAUAACACUAUUUUCACUCUUUCUGAGCCUUAGCAUGGAUCCGAGGCAAGGCCGAAAUACUGUACACAAGAGGAAGAAAUCUCGUGCUCAUUUGCGUUCUAGCAGUGGAGUGCAUUCUGAUACAGAGAGCUGGCAGGAGAUGCUAGCGCAGGAAUCAACAUAUGGAGAUCCACUGCCAAGCUGGGCGAAUAAUCCAGCAUGGCAAUGGCUUGCAGAAGAAAGCAGUUCGGGGAAUAUGAAAGAUAACGACUUGGACCCGGUCUUGUCUUCGCAAAGUGAUUUGCAGAGGCACCUGAGGCUUGCUAGAGAAUUUGCAACAUCGUCUUUUGGAGAGUCGACGGUCAGCAGCGACUUGCCGACUUCUCGAAACAAAGAUCCUAAUGAGAGGACCGCGAACCUUGUGGAUCUUGUGAUUGGUCUUCAUCUCAUUCGUGAGGAAAAUAAACUCAAUACGAUGACGACGGAUUCUUUCAGCGUUGGGGUGGCCAAUUUAGCACCUAUUUUAGGACAGAUUGUGAAAUGGCUUCGGUGGUUGAAUUGGUCAGAAUAUUACUCUAAUGAAGAUGCUUCUUUGUUGGAUGUGGUCUAUGAUACUGCAUCGUCCGUUGAUCCUCCAAUACCAGAGCCUUAUGAAUGCCCCUCAAUAUACCAGUGGAUUCAAACGUGCUUCACUACUCAGCAUGGAGCUGAAUUCGUGACCUUACCUGCAAUUUUAUCUAAUCGAGCUCCAACUCUAGCUAGGCAAGCACGACACCUGGAACAAUGGACACAGCUUACGCCUAGGACGCUGCUUUUUGAAAAGUUCUUCGCCGUUCUGCGGCCUGAUUGGUCAUCCGCUCAAUUUGUUGAAGCUUUGGCCGAAGCUGGAUUGGACACUGUCUUGCUUGAAACAUUACCAGAGUCAAUUUUGGCACCAUUGCGAGAAGCACUGGUUCAAUGUCAGAUGGAGCCACCAACGACAUGGAGUAAGGAGUUGUUAGCUAUCGCUGGUCGAGAAGACGUAAAUAUGCUUCUGACUCCGGGGCAACGACCACGCAACACUCAAUCAAGCUUACUCGUUCCAUCACAUGAAUCGAAUUUGGAUGUGCAUACGAUAUGCUCAUCUGCUCUGGAUGCAGAACCACCAAAGACUUUUGAUGGUGCAACAGAGUUAGAAAGGCAGACUGUGACCCGCGCCAUAUUCAAAGAUGACAGAAGAAUGAAUGAAGCGACGGGUAUAUUAAGUACUACAAGACCUGUCGUUGCACGUUGCCAGUCAGAACCAGAUUGGUCUGAAUCACAAUUGUUGGAAGCACAGAAAGUCCACGCUCAGAUGUUGGCAUAUCGAACAUUGGCUAUUUCAUCGGGCAGAGGUCUAUUAUACUUCAGUGCUAGGACGCCACUUUUGACAGAACGACUUGUGAUAAGUGGCUUCAAUUUGUCUUGUGUGAUGAAACCGGACAACAAUACUGUUGCUAUUGACAAGACGGCGUUUACCGAGGAGAAAAUCGGCUGGGCUUUCUUUCAUGCUGGAGUUGCCGCUGGACUGAGCAUUUCUCGUGAUGCUAAGGGGAUCGAUACGUCGUGGAUUCUGUUCAAUAAACCGGUUCAGGACUUGAAUAAUCGACAUGCUGGAUUUCUUCUUGCUUUGGGGCUGAAUGGUCACUUAAAGUCUGUGGCGAAAUGGGUGGCGUUCAAAUAUUUGACGCCGAAACAUACGAUGACUUCAAUUGGGCUGUUGCUAGGACUUGCUGCGUCGUAUAUGGGUACUAUGGAUUCUUUAAUUACUCGGCUGUUGUCAGUCCAUGUGACUAGGAUGUUACCACCAGGGGCAGCUGAGUUAAACCUAUCGCCUUUGACACAGACAACUGGUAUCAUGGGAAUAGGAUUACUCUAUGCCAACACUCAACACCGUCGUAUGAGUGAAAUCAUGGUUUCCGAGAUUGAACACAUUGACACAGAGACCGAAGAGGAACCUCUUCGAAAUGAAGGCUAUCGAUUAGCUGCUGGUUUCGCUCUCGGUUUUAUCAACCUUGGAAAAGGUUCAGAUCUCCAGGGACUUCACGACAUGCGACUUACUGAGCGGUUACUGGCUCUGGCUGCUGGCAGUAAGAAAGUUGAUCUUGUGCAUGUGUUCGACAAAGCUACUGCAGCUGCUGUCAUGGCCAUCGCGCUCAUUUUCAUGAAAUCCGAGAAUCAAGUACUAGCGCGGAAGAUUGAUAUACCAGACUCGCUUCUCCAAUUCGACUAUGUCAGACCCGACAUCUUUCUUCUUCGUACACUUGCGAAGAACUUGAUACUUUGGAGCAAGAUCGAGCCUACUUUCGCAUGGAUUACGAGAAGUUUGCCGUCAGCCUAUCGGCCGAGGAGUUCAUUAGAGAAAGUAAAGUUCUUGAUCAGUGAUGAUUUGCCAUUCUACGAUAUUCUUGCGGGAUUGUGCUUUAGUAUUGGUCUUCGAUUCGCAGGGUCAGGAUCGUUUGUUGUUCGGGACCUUCUUAUCCAUUAUUUGGAUCAGCUUAUGCGGAUUUGUCGUAUUAAUGCUGAUACCUAUGACAAGAAGCUGACACGGGGUACUGUGAGGACGUGUCAGGAUCUGGUAGCGUUGAGUUUGGCUACUGUUAUGGCUGGUACUGGAGAUCUUGUAGUAUUCAGACGGUUACGGUCGUUGCAUGGUCGUGAUGAUGAUGAGACGCCAUAUGGAAGUCAUCUGGCGGCUCAUCUGGCAAUUGGUGCAUUAUUCUUGGGAGGUGGGACCUUCACGUUUGGCACCUCAAACAUGGCACUCGCUGCGCUUCUAGUGGCCUUCUACCCAAUUUUCCCAUCCUCAAUCCAAGACAACACAUCCCACCUCCAAGCCUUUCGACACUUCUGGGCUCUCGCGGCAGAAGCACGCUGUCUCGUAACCCGCGACAUAGACACCAACCAACCAGUCUCCAUGCCCAUCGAAAUAACGCACCUCAACUCCACCCUGACCAAAAAACACACCCCGUGUCUCCUCCCCGAACUCAACCAAAUCAAAACACUCCGCACAGCCAGCGACACGCACUGGAACAUCGUCCUCGACCUCGCCCAAAACCAAACCCACAUCGCCUCCUUCAAAUCCACCCAAACAGUCUACGUCCGUCGUCGUCCCGCCCACGACGCCUCCACCUCCCCCUUCACAUCCACCCUCCAGGCCCUCAACGACGCAACCCCCUCCUCCGCACACUCCCUACAAUGGCUCUUCCGUCUCCCAGCCUUCGCCUCGCUUUCGAAAGCCGAGCAGGCACUCGUCCUGCCGCCUGACCAGGGCGGCGCCAGUGAUAUCCAUGCGGGCACGAAGGAAACGGUCGUUGAUGCGAGGCUCGUGCUUGAGAAUGCGACGGUGGCGAGUGGGAAGCGCGAUCGCCUGCUGGGAUUGAGGUUGCUGUUUGAGUGGGCGGAGGGGAUGGGGAGGGAGGGGAGGGAUAUGUUGUGGAUUCGGGGCGAGGUGGUUGAGCGGUUGAAGGCGGGGGUUUGGGUUUUGGCUGAGGAGGGACGGUAG